GUGGGAGGAGACUUGGGCAGGACCAUUUGCAAGGUGGGGGGAGAAAGAGGUGCGAAGUUGGGAUCCUGGAAAGGAUCCUGUGCUGAAGGAUGAGCGCCCGGAGGCGUGGAACGCCUGGCGAGAAGAAAGGAUGGAAGAGCGCUGGCCGGGGCGCGGCUGCUGCGUCUCUGCAGAGGACCGAGACUCCCCUGCCGCCCAUCGUCCCUGAGAAACCACCCGAAGAUGUUCCUCCAGAACCUCCAGAAGAGAAGCAGGAGAGCAAGGUGGAGCUGAUCAUCCCUCCCAGCCCUGUGGAGCUGGAGGUGGACUUGAAACCCUGCAUCCGAAGCCGCCUGUCCCUCUCCGGCCUGAGAGAGGAGAUGUGGACCGAAGAGCACGAGGCCAUGAUGGAGCUCUUCCUCAAGGAUGUCACCAAACCGUUGCUGGUGUUUUACAUCGACGACUUUGCCGGGCUGAAGGUGGAGCUGCUCAUGCCGCACCAGGAGCAGAAACAGCUGGCGUAUUUCCUCCGCCAAGAAAACAAGGAGAUCACGGAGGAGAAUUUCCACGAGGUCGUGCAGUUUGGCACCGUCCGCAAGCCCUACCUAGAUUCUCUCAUGCACAUGCUCAACGCGAUCUAUCUGCCCCGGCUCUUCCGCAAGGAGUCCUGGCCGGAGAGCAUAAAAAACGAGUUUUUCUCCGAGAUCUACCACUUCAUGACUUCCCUCACAGAUACUCAUUCCAAAGCGAGGGGCCGCACUGUCCUCUACAUCCCGAUAGAGUCCCUGACGAUAAAGACCGAGGUGGCCUUAAAGGACAAAGCCCUUGUUCAGCGUCUGGAGACUUCCAUGAUCCACUGGACCCGGCAGAUCAAAGAAGUGCUGAGGGCUCAAGAGGCCGUCGAGAGCAGAGAGAGCUCGGGUCCACUGGAGGAGAUCCAGUUCUGGAGGAACCGCUGCACGGACCUCUCUGAAAUCAGCAAGCAGCUGUGCCAGCCGGGGGUCAAGCACAUCGAGGCCAUCCUGGCCCUCUCCAAGUCCUCCUACGUCGCCCCGUUCCAGCGGCUCGCCAAACAGAUCCAGGACGGCUCGGAGCAGGCGCAGUCCAACCUCCGGUUCCUCUCCAUCCUGAAGGAGCCAUUCCAAGAGCUGGCCACCCUGCGGCCCAAGGACAUCCCCGAAAAGCUGCCACACCUCAUCAGCCUCGUCCGCAUCGUGUGGGUCAACUCCCCGUACUACAACAGCAGGGAGAGGAUCACAGCCCUCUUUCGGAAGAUGAGCAACAAAAUCAUCCAGAUGUGUUGCAAGGACAUCUCGCUGGACCGGCUGUUUGAGGGUUACGUCAACGCCUCCCGGCAGACGCUCCAUGGCUGCAUCUCCUGCAUGUCGUCUUGGAAGGACUGCUACCAGCAUGCCGCCUACAUGCACAACAAGCUCUCUGGGAAGGGCUGGGUCCUGGACCAGACCAGCAUCUUUGCACAAGUGGAUGCUUUUGUCCAGCGCUGCAAGGAUCUCCUGGAGGUCUGUGACAGCCAGCAGCACUUUGCGGGCUGGGAAGACGGCAAGAAGACGCCCCUGCCCUGCUUCUUUGGCCAGCGGGGGCCUGAGAUGGCCAGGAGCUUGCUGGAAAUCAAGGAGACCUUUAACAAGUAUCUCAAGAACCUCUGGAACGUCAAGGGCGGGAUCCUGGAUGUGAAGAACACCUCCUGGCACGAGGACUUCAACCGCUUCCGGGCUGGCGUCAAAGACCUGGAGGUGAUGACCCAGAACUUGAUGUCUUCCGCCUUCGAGACCGUCAAGGAUGUGGAGCACGGGGUGGAGAUCCAGGACAUCUUCCACCAUUUGUCGUCCCGAGAGGCCAUUAAACGCACCUACGAUAAGAAGACGGUCGACAUCUACAUGCUGUUCAACAGGGAGCUCUCCCUGGUCAAUAAGGAGCUGAGCAAGAAGGUCCCUUUCCUGCCACCACACAUGUGCCAUUACUCAGGGAUGGCGCACUGGUUGCGCGCUCUGCGGCGGCGGGUGGACAAGCCCAUGGAGUGCCUGAAGAAAGCCCACUUCAUCCCUCACAUCGGGACCGGAGAAGAGAGCUUCCAGACCUACCAGCUGCUGGUCCAGGCAAUGGACGAGAUUGAGCGGAGGACCUUUCAGGAGUGGGCCCAGACCUUGGACAAGGACAGCCUCAAGCGCCUUGACACCCCCCUCCUCGUCCUGAGCAGCGAGAAGCCCGGCAUGCUGGACAUCAACUUUGACAAGCACUUGCUGAAGCUGUUUGUGGAAAUCCAUUACUGGGAGAGGGUGCUCUUUGAAAUCCCCCACUAUGUGGUCGAAGUUUACGAAAGGAAAGAGGACCUGCGCUGCCUCCGGGAGAACCUGCUGCUGGUGGCUCGAGACUAUAAUAGGAUCAUCAGCAUGCUGUCCGCCGAGGAGAGGGGCCUGUUUAAAGAGCGCAUCCGCUUCCUAGACAGGAAGAUCCAUCCGGGCCUGAAGAAGCUCCACUGGUCCCUCAAAGGGGCGAGCGCUGCCUUCAUCUCGGAGUGCCGGCUGCACGCGAGCAAGGUCCAGAACAUUGUGAACGAGUACAAGGCGGCCACUUUGGCCAUUGCUCGCCGAGCCCAGCAGAUGAGCGAAGCCUUGUUGGUGCGCCUCACCGGCAAGAGAGUCUACAAUGACUUGGAGUUUGAGGAGGACCAGAAGGAGCACCGGGCUUCUGUGCAGCAGACGUUGGUCAACCUCCAUGAAGGCAGCCUCGCCAUCAUGCGCCAGACCUACGAAGUCUUCAAGCUGGACGGGCCAGAGGUUCAGCAGCACUGGUUCAACUACACCAUCAAGAUGGACCGGAUGAUGGAGGACGCUCUGCGGCUGAACGUCAAGUGGUCCCUGAUGGAGCUUUCCAAAGCCAUCAACGGGGACGGCAAGACCAGCCCCAACCCCCUCUUCCGCGUCAAAGUGAUUCUGCAGGACAACUACCCAGGCCAGACCCCACAGGUGGAGUUCUCCCCGACUCUUGCCCAGCUGGCCAGCAUGGUGAACGACAUCAGCACCCACCUGAUCGCCAGCAUCACCGUCUUCCGCCACCUGCCCGAGAUCCUGGUCCGGCGCAAGUUUGUCCGUGACCCCAUCGCUGUCCUAGUAGAACGGGAUGAAGAUAUAAAGAAAAUCCAGGCGCAGAUCAGCAGCGGCAUGCAGGCCAACGCCACCCACCUCCAGGCGUACCUGAAGACCUGGGAUGUGUAUCGAGAGAUCUGGGAGGUCAACAAGGACGCUUUCAUCAACCGCUACCGCCACCUGAACCCUCUGGUCUCAUCCUUUGAUGCCGACACUGCCCGGUACAUGGAGGUGGCCAACAAUGUCCAGAAGGAGGAGACGGUGCUCAGCAUCCAGUUUGUGCUCCUGGACUGCUCCCACCUGAAGGCGGCCGUCGUCCAGCACUGCAGCGAGUGGCAACACAAGCUCACCAAUCUGCUGAACGAGAUGGCCAGCGGCCGCCUGCGGGAGCUGCACACCUCGAAAAAAACCCACCUCCUCUCUCCCCACAGCGUCAGCCGCCCUCCUCAGACGCUGGAGGAGCUGAGCCGAAGCCUGGCGCUCCACGAGACCCUCCAGAACGACCUGCCGAAGACGGAGGGGCAGAUUCCCCCCAUCCACGAGCAGUUUGCCAUCCUGGAGAAGUACGAGGUGGCUGUGGACGAAGAGGUGCUGCAGCUGUUGGGAGACCUCAACUCGGAGUGGCUGUCCUUCCAGCAGUGCCUCCUGGACAGCGAAGUCAUGCUGAAGAAGCACAAGGAGAAAUUCAAGACCGGCCUCAUCCACUCUGCAGACGACUUCAAGAAAAAGGCCCAGAAUCUUCUACAGGACUUUGGCUCCAACGGUCCCUUCACAAGCGCCAUAUCUGCUGAGGCCGCUCUGGAUCAGAUCGCCGCCAUGAGACAGCUUUUGACCCGGCUGAAGGAAGAGGAGAAUACCCUUCGCUCCAACCUGGGCAUCUUCAAGAUCGACCAGCCGGCAUCCAAAGACCUUCAAAAGCUGGAGAGGGAGCUGGACUACAUCCAGCAGGUGUGGGAGAUCACGAAGGAAUGGGAGGACCACUGGAACGAGUGGAAGACGGGAAGCUUUAAGACGCUGAAGACCGAAGUGAUGGAGAACACGGCCUUUGGCCUUUUCCGGAAGCUGAAUAAGCUGAGCAAGGAGCUGAAGGAUCGGAACUGGGAAAUAAUUGAGACUUCCAAAUCGAAAAUUGAGCAAUUUAAGAGGACAAUGCCCUUGAUUACUGACCUCAGGAACCCGGCCUUGCGGGAGAGGCACUGGGAUCAGGUGAAGGAUCUGGUCCUUCGGACGUUCGAUCAAGAUGCCGAAGACUUCCGGCUGGAGAAUAUCGUCGAGCUGGGCCUGGAUAAGCAUGUGGAGAAGAUUAGUGAGAUCUCCGCCUCGGCCACCAAAGAGCUGGCCAUUGAAGUGGCUCUCAAAAACAUCGCGAAGACCUGGGAGUCCACAACCUUGGACGUUGCACCCUAUAAGGACAAGGGGCACCACCGCAUCAGAGGCACAGAAGACGUUUUCCAAGCCCUGGAGGACAACCAGGUGGCUCUCUCCACCAUGAAGGCCUCGCGUUUCGUGAAGCCCUUUGAGAAGGAUGUGGACCGCUGGGAGCGUUGUCUGUCCCUCAUCCUGGAGGUGAUCGAGAUGGCCCUGACGGUGCAGAGGCAAUGGAUGUACAUGGAGAACAUCUUCCUGGGCGAAGAUAUCCGCAAGCAGCUGCCCAGCGAGUCAGCUUCCUUUGACCAAAUCAACAGCAGCUGGAAGACCAUCAUGGACCGCUUCGUCAAGGACAACAAUGCCCUGAGGGCCACCCAUCACCCAGGGUUAUUGGAUAAGCUGGUGGAGAUGAACGCUUCUCUGGACGAGAUCCAGAAGUCCCUCGACAUGUACCUGGAGACCAAACGCCACAUCUUCCCCCGCUUCUAUUUCCUGUCCAACGACGACCUGCUGGAGAUCUUGGGCCAGUCCCGCAACCCGGAAGCUGUCCAGCCCCACCUCAAGAAGUGCUUUGACAACAUCAAGGCUCUGAAGAUGCAAAAGAUUGGAAUGACCAGCCGAUCCGAAGCCUUGGGCAUGUUUUCCUUGGAUGGGGAAUAUGUGGAUUUCACGCACUCGGUGCUCCUGGAAGGACCCGUGGAGGAGUGGCUCUGCGACGUGGAGCGGGCCAUGCGCUGGACCUUAAGGGAGGUGCUGAGGAACUGCCGGCUGGCCUUGAAGAAGAUGCUGACCAAAAGGGACAAAUGGGUGAAAGAGUGGCCGGGGCAGAUGGUGAUCACGGCCAGCCAGAUCCAGUGGACGGCCGACGUGAGCAAGUGCCUGGCCACUUGCAAAGAACGGGGAGACAAGAAAUACCUCAAAGUCAUGAAGAAGAAGCAGGUGUCCAUGCUGAACAAAUACUCGGAGGCCAUCCGAGGCAACCUGACCAAAAUCAUGCGCCUGAAAAUCGUGGCCUUGGUGACGGUGGAGGUCCACGCCAGGGACGUCAUCGAGCGGCUUUACAAGAGCGGCCUGAUCGACGUGACCUCCUUUGAGUGGCUGAGCCAGCUUCGCCUCUACUGGGAGAAGGACCUGGACGACUGCGUCAUCCGACAGACCAACACGCAGUUUGCCUAUGGCUACGAGUACCUGGGAAACUCUGGACGGCUGGUCAUCACGCCACUCACCGACAGGUGCUACAUGACGCUGACGACAGCCCUCCACCUUCACCGGGGAGGGUCCCCCAAAGGGCCCGCCGGCACGGGCAAGACCGAGACGGUGAAGGACCUGGGGAAGGCGCUGGGCAUGUACGUGAUUGUGGUGAACUGCUCCGAGGGCUUGGACUACAAGUCCAUGGGCCGCAUGUACUCCGGCCUGGCACAGACGGGGGCCUGGGGCUGCUUUGACGAGUUCAACCGCAUCAACAUCGAGGUCCUGUCAGUGGUGGCCCAGCAGAUCCUCUCCAUCCUCUCGGCCUUGGCGGCCAACAUGACUCGCUUCACCUUUGAGGGCCACGAGAUCAACCUGGUGUGGUCGUGCGGCAUUUUCAUCACCAUGAACCCAGGUUACGCUGGGCGGACGGAGCUGCCGGACAACCUCAAGUCCAUGUUCCGGCCCAUCUCCAUGGUGGUGCCCGACUCCACCCUCAUCGCUGAGAUCAUCCUCUUUGGCGAAGGGUUCAACAACUGCAAGAUCCUGGCAAAGAAGGUCUACACGCUCUACUCCUUGGCCGUGCAACAGCUGUCCAAGCAGGACCACUACGACUUUGGCCUCCGGGCUCUCACCUCGCUGCUCCGCUAUGCUGGGAAGAAGCGCCGGGUGCGCCCGGACCUGGCGGACGAGGAGGUACUCCUCAUGGCCAUGAAGGACAUGAACAUCGCCAAGCUGACUUCCAGCGAUGUGCCCCUCUUCAACGCCAUCACCCAGGACCUGUUCCCGGGCAUUGAGUGCCCCGUCAUUGACUACGGAAAGCUCAAGGAAGUGCUGGAGGUGGAGCUGAGGGCCAUGGGGCUGCAGGCGAUCCCCUUCACCAUCACCAAGGUCAUCCAGCUCUACGAGACCAAGAAUUCUCGCCACUCCUCCAUGAUCGUGGGCAACACGGGCAGCGGCAAGACCGUCACCUGGCGGGCCCUCCAGGCCACCCUCUGCAGCCUGCACAAGAGCGGAGACUCCGCCUACAACAUGGUCCGGGAGUACCCCCUGAACCCGAAGGCAGUUUCUCUGGGCGAGCUUUACGGAGAAUAUGACCUCAACACCAACGAGUGGACAGACGGCAUUCUGUCCAGCGUCAUGAGAAUAGCCUGCGCAGAUGAGAACCCCAAUGAGAAAUGGAUCCUCUUUGAUGGCCCCGUGGACACGUUGUGGAUUGAGAGCAUGAACUCUGUCAUGGAUGAUAACAAAGUGCUUACUCUGAUCAAUGGUGAGAGGAUAGCCAUGCCUGAGCAGGUUUCCCUGUUGUUUGAGGUGGAAAAUCUCGCCGUGGCGUCCCCCGCCACCGUCUCCCGCUGCGGGAUGGUUUACACCGACUACAGCGACCUGGGCUGGAGGCCCUACGUCCUUUCCUGGAUUGAGAAGCGCCCAAAGGCUGACACGGAAACCCUGCAGCGCAUGUUUGACAAAUUCACCAAUAAGAUCCUGACCUUCAAGAAGGAGAACUGCCAAGAGCUGGUCCCCAUCUCUGAGUACAGCGGGAUCGUGGCCCUCUGCAAGCUCUUCUCGUCCUUAGCCUCUUCGGAGGAAGCGCUGAAUCCGGCUGACAGCGAGAACUACACAGCGGUGGUGGAGAUGUACUUCGUCUUCAGCAUGAUCUGGUCCCUGUGCGCUGCGGUGGAUGAAGAAGGCCGGAAGAAAAUCGACAGCUACCUUCGGGAGAUGGAAGGCUCCUUCCCCAACAAGGACACAGUCUACGAGUAUUACGUCGACCCAAAGCGGAAGCAGUGGGCCUCCUUUGAAGACCGGCUCCCGAAGAUGUGGAGAUACCCCUCCAAUGCCCCCUUCUAUAAGAUCAUCGUCCCCACCGUAGACACCGUGCGCUACAACUACCUCGUGAACGCCCUCGUCUCUAACCAGAACCCGGUGCUGCUGGUCGGCCCAGUGGGGACCGGCAAGACCUCCGUCGCGCAGGGCUUGCUGCAGACCCUGGACAGCACCAAGUGGGCCGUGCUGGUCAUCAACAUGUCCGCCCAGACGACCUCCAACAAUGUGCAGAGCAUCAUCGAGAGCCGGGUGGAGAAGCGCACCAAGGGCGUCUACGUGCCGCUGGGGGGGAAGAGCAUGGUCACCUUCAUGGAUGACCUCAACAUGCCGGCCAAGGACCUGUUUGGCUCCCAGCCGCCGCUGGAGCUGCUGCGUCUGUGGCUGGACUACGGGUUCUGGUACGACCGAGCCAAGCAGACCAUCAAGUACGUCAAGGACAUGUUCUUGAUGGCAGCCAUGGGGCCCCCCGGAGGAGGGCGCACGGUGAUCUCCAGCCGACUUCAGAGCCGCUUCAAUCUCAUCAACAUGACUUUCCCCACAGACUCCCAAAUCCGGCGGAUCUUUGGGACCAUGAUCAACCAGAAGCUGCAGAAUUUCGACGAGGCGGUGAAGCCCCUCGGCAACAUCAUCACGGAGGCUACAGUGGAGCUCUACAACAGCGUGGUCCAGAGGUUCUUGCCCACCCCGGCCAAGAUCCACUACCUCUUCAACCUGCGGGACAUUUCUAAGGUCUUCCAAGGCAUGCUGCGAGCCCACAGGGACUUCCACGACACCAAAGCCAGCUUGACGCGCCUGUGGAUCCACGAGUGCUUCAGGGUCUUCUCCGACCGCCUGGUGGACUCGGCAGACAUGGAGACCUUUGUGGUCCUCUUGAGCGAGAAGCUGGGCACCUUCUUUGACCUGACCUUACACAACCUCUGCCCCAACAAGCGUUCCCCCGUCUUUGGGGACUUCAUGCGCAACGUGUACGAAGACAUGACGGACAUGGGCGUCCUGAAGGCAGAGAUGGAGCGAGCGUUGGCCGACUACAACCGGACCCCCGGGGUGGUGGCCAUGGGGCUAGUCCUAUUCCGGGAUGCCAUUGAGCACAUAACCCGCAUCGUCCGGGUGAUCAGCCAGCCUCGAGGGAAUAUGCUGCUGGUGGGCAUCGGAGGCAGCGGGCGCCAGAGCCUGGCACGGCUGUCUUCCUCCAUCUGCGAGUAUUACACCUUCCAGAUCGAGGUCUCCAGGCAGUACCGCAAGCAAGAGUUCCGGGAAGACAUCAAGAAGCUGUACCGCCAGACGGGGGUUGACCAGAAGCCCACCACGUUCCUCUUUGUGGACACCCAGAUUGCUGACGAAUGCUUCCUGGAGGACAUCAACAACAUCCUCAGCUCUGGGGAAGUGCCCAACCUCUACAAGCCGGAGGAGUUUGAGGAGAUCCAGAGCAACAUCAUCGAGGCAGCGCGGGCGGAGGGCAUCCAGGAGAGCCCGGACAGCCUCUUUGCCUACCUCAUCGAGCGGGUGCGGAACAACCUGCACGUGGUCCUCUGCCUGAGUCCUGUGGGCGAUCCCUUCAGGAACCGGAUCCGCCAGUACCCGGCCCUGGUGAAUUGCACCACCAUCGACUGGUUCUCCGAGUGGCCCAAAGAUGCCCUCCUGGAGGUGGCCGAGAAGUACUUGGAAGGCGUGGACCUGGGCAGCGUGGAGAAAGGCAGCCUUGAUACGAUGCACAAGCGGGUGGCCAAGAUUUUUGUGACGAUGCACUGGUCGGUGGCCAGGUACUCCCAGAAGAUGUGGCUGGAGCUUCGGCGCCACAAUUACGUCACGCCCACCAACUACUUGGAGCUGGUCUCUGGCUACAAAAAGCUCCUGGCGGAGAAGCGGAAGGAGCUGUCGGACCAAGUGAACAAGCUGCACAACGGCCUUUUCAAAAUCGACGAGACCCGGGAGAAAGUGGAGGUGAUGACGCUGGAGCUGGAGGAGGCCCGGAAGAAGGUGGCGGAAUUCCAGAAGCAAUGCGAGGAGUACCUGGUCAUCAUCGUCCAGCAGAAGCGGGAGGCUGACGAGCAGCAGAAGACGGUGACCGCCAACAGCGAGAAGAUCGCGGCCGAGGAGAUCAAGUGCAAAGCCUUGGCCGACAACGCCCAGAAGGACCUGGAGGAGGCCUUGCCAGCCUUGGAAGCGGCCAUGAAGGCUUUGGAAUCGCUCAACAAGAAAGACUUGACUGAGAUCAAGUCUUACGGUCGGCCGCCCACCCUGGUGGAGACCGUCAUGCAGGCCGUCAUGAUCCUGCGCGGCAACGAGCCCACGUGGGCGGAAGCCAAGAAGCAGCUGGGCGAGCCCAACUUCAUCAAGCAGCUGGUCUACUUCGACAAGGACAACAUCUCCGACAAGGUGCUCAAGAAGAUCAGCGCCUACUGCUCACAGCCGGACUUCCAGCCGGACAUCAUCGGGCGGGUCUCGGUGGCCGCCAAGUCCCUCUGCAUGUGGGUGCGCGCCAUGGAGAUGUAUGGCCGUAUUUACCGCGUGGUAGAACCCAAGCGCGCUCGGAUGAACGCGGCCUUGGCCCAGCUGGCAGAGAAACAGGCCGCCCAAGCCGAGGCCCAGGAGAGGCUCCGGGAGGUGGCAGAAAAGCUGGAGAUGCUGAAGAAGGAGUACGAGGAGAAGCUGGCCCAAAAGGAGGAGCUGCGGAAGAAGUCGGAGGAGAUGGAAAUCAAGCUGGACCGAGCCGACAAGCUGGUCUCCGGGCUGGCCGGAGAGAGAGUCCGCUGGGAGGAGACCGUCAAGGGCCUCGAGGAGGACCUGGGCUACCUGGUGGGGGACUGCCUGAUGGCUGCCGCGUUUGUCUCCUACAUGGGGCCCUUCCUGUCGAAUUACCGGGAGGAGAUUGUCUCGCACAUCUGGAUCAAGCAGAUCCGUGAGCUCCACGUGCCUUGCUCCCCGCACUUCACCUGCGACAGCUUCCUCUCCAACCCGACCGCCGUGCGCACCUGGAACAUCCAGGGGCUGCCCUCCGAUAACUUCUCGACAGAGAACGGAAUUAUUGUCACACGAGGCAACCGGUGGCCGCUGAUGAUUGAUCCCCAGUGCCAGGCCACGAAAUGGAUCAAGAACAUGGAGCUGAAGAGAGGCCUGAAGAUCAUCGACUUGCAGAUGCCGGACUACCUGCGGGUGCUGGAGGCGGCCCUCCAGCUGGGCUCGCCUGUGCUGCUCCAAAACGUGCAGGAGGAGCUGGACCCGACCUUGGCCCCCAUCCUCAACAAGUCCGUCACCAAAGUGGGCGGGCGCCUGUUGAUCCGGCUGGGGGACAAGGAAGUGGAGUACCACCCGGAAUUCCGCUUCUACCUCACCACCAAGCUGCCCAACCCACACUACACUCCGGAGACCUCUUCCCAGACCACCAUCGUCAACUUUGCCGUCAAAGAGCAGGGACUGGAGGCCCAGCUCCUGGGCAUCGUGGUCCGGAGGGAGAGGCCUGAGCUGGAGGAGCAGAAGGACCACCUGGUGCUCAACAUUGCGGCCGGCAAGAGGAAGCUGAAGGACCUGGAGGAUGAGAUCUUGAGGCUGCUGAACGAGACCACGGGCUCCCUCCUGGACGACGUGCAGCUGGUGAACACCCUGCAGACCUCCAAGGUCAUUGCCACCGACGUCACGGAGCAACUGGAGACCAGCGAGACCACGGAGAUCAAAAUCGACACUGCCCGGGAGGCUUACCGGCCCUGCGCUCAGAGGGCCUCCCUCCUCUUCUUCGUCCUCAACGACAUGGGCCGGAUUGACCCCAUGUACCAGUUCUCCCUGGACGCCUACAUCGACCUCUUCAACCUCAGCAUCACCAAGAGCCACCGGAGCGCCAAACUGGAAGAGAGGAUUCGCUUCCUGAAUGAGUACCACACCUACGCGGUCUACAGGUACACCUGCCGGGGCCUCUUUGAGAGACAUAAGCUGCUCUUCAGCUUCCAGAUGUGUGCCAAGAUCCUGGAAGUCUCUGGGAACCUCAAGAUGGACGAGUACAGCUUCUUCCUGCGUGGAGGAGUGGUGCUGGACCGGGAAGGGCAGAUGGACAACCCCUGCACCAGCUGGCUGGCCGACAUCUACUGGGACAACAUCACCGAGCUGGACAAGCUCACCAACUUCCACGGCAUCAUGAACUCCUUUGAGCAAUACCCUCGCGACUGGAACCUCUGGUACACCAGCUCUAAGCCGGAGAAGGCCAUGCUGCCAGGCGAGUGGGAGAACUCCUGCAACCAGAUGCAGCGGAUGCUGGUCGUCCGGUCGCUGAGGCCUGACCGCGUGGCCUUCUGCGUGACCGCCUUCAUCGUCUCCAACCUGGGAUCCCAGUUCAUUGAGCCGCCGGUGCUCAACAUGAAGUCGGUGGUGGACGACUCGACAACCAAGACCCCGCUGAUCUUUGUGCUCUCUCCGGGGGUCGACCCGACCUCCUCGCUGCUCCAGCUGGCCGAGCAGUCGGGCAUGUCCCAGCGCUUCCACGCCCUCUCAUUCAUGCCUGCUUCUGCCCCGCCUGCCAUUUCUCGUCCCUGGGGUCUUCCCAGCCAGGCCCUCACCUGGGGCUUGAAGGCCAACAUGAAGCGCCUCUACCAGCUCAUCACGGAGCCCCAGUUCAACCGCUGCACGAAGGCCAGCAAGUACAAGAAGCUCCUCUUCGCCCUCUGCUUCUUCCACAGCAUCCUGCUGGAGCGGAAAAAGUUCCUGCAGCUGGGCUGGAACAUCAUCUACGGCUUCAACGACUCCGACUUUGAGGUGUCCGAGAACCUCCUCAGCUUGUACCUGGAUGAGUACGAGGAGACGCCCUGGGACGCGCUCAAGUAUCUGAUCGCAGGCGUCAACUACGGAGGCCACGUGACCGACGACUGGGACCGGCGCCUCCUGACCACGUACAUCAACGACUACUUCUGCGAGCAGAGCAUCGCUGCUCCCUUGUACAGGCUCUCUGCGCUGGACACCUACUACAUCCCCAAGGACGGCAACCUGGCCUCUUACAAAGAGUACAUCAGCCUCCUGCCUGGCAUGGACCCCCCCGAGGCCUUUGGCCAGCACCCCAACGCCGACGUGGCCUCCCAGAUCACCGAGGCCCGGACCCUCUUCGAGACCCUGCUCUCCCUCCAGCCUCUGAGAUGGCUUGCAGAGAGGGGACCCGAGGGAGACAGGUCCACUUCCCGGCGGUCCCUGGAAGCCCGCUUCUCUCUCUCUUGCCCUCCCUCCCAGGUGCUGGAACUUUCCGCCGACGUGCUCAGCAAGAUCCCGGAGGAGAUCGACUACGAGGGCACCUGCAAGGUGCUCUCCACGGACCCCUCCCCACUCAACGUGGUCUUGCUGCAGGAGAUCCAGCGGUACAACUCCUUGCUGCAGGUCAUCAGGUCCUCGCUGGUGGAGCUGGAGAAGGGCAUCCAAGGCCUCGUGGUCAUGUCGACGGACCUGGAGGAGAUCUUCAACUGCAUUUUCGACGCCCGCGUGCCCCCCAUGUGGGAGAGGGCGUACCCGUCCCAGAAGCCCCUCGCGGCCUGGACCCGAGACCUGGCCCAACGUGUGGAGCAGUUUGCCCGCUGGGCCAACACAGCUCACCCUCCGGUGCUCUUCUGGCUCUCGGGCUUCACCUUCCCGACCGGGUUCCUGACGGCGGUCUUGCAGGCGGCCGCCCGCAUGAACAAUAUCUCGGUGGACACCCUCUCUUGGGAGUUCAUCGUCUCCACCGUGGAUGACAACAACCUCGUCUACCCCCCAAAGGAAGGCGUCUGGGUCCGAGGUCUCUACCUGGAGGGCGCCGGGUGGGAUAAGAAGAACUCGUGCCUGGUGGAGGCUGAGCCCAUGGAGCUGGUCUGCCCCAUCCCCACCAUCCACUUCAAGCCGGUGGAGAACAAGAAGAAGAGCGGAAAAGGGAUGUACUCCUGCCCUUGCUACUACUACCCCAACCGGGCGGGCACCUCCGGGCGGCCCUCGUUCGUCAUCGGCGUCGACCUGAAGUCCGGAGCCAUGCCGCCCGACCACUGGAUCAAGCGAGGGACGGCCCUCCUGUGGGCUCAGGCUGCCUUGGGCACCUGUGAUGCCCGUGGGCACGACUGUGCUGCCACCCUCAGCGAUCUCCUCCGGGCCGGGCCCCGCUGCACGUGGACCGGCGGCCUUUUCACAAGGGAGCCAAGGGGGUUCGUCUGGAAGGCCUCUGAGGACCCCUUCCGUCCGAGGAGCCCAGUGGGUCUGCCACCUGCCAGCUGGGAAGAAGACCCGGAGGCGGAGCUCAAAGGCUCCGUGGUGCCUCCGAUCUAG